UUUAAGGGAAAAAGGGAAAAAGAAAAGGAGAAAAGAAAAAGGCCGAGAAAAAGAAAGAAACUUAGCAUGGAAGAGCCUCACAGAGGAAAGGAUGAGAAGCACGAGAAGGAAGAAGUCCGGUACCGGGGAGUCCGAAGGCGGCCAUGGGGGAAGUUCGCGGCUGAGAUUCGAGACCCGUCCAGGCAGGGUGCUCGUCUGUGGCUUGGGACGUUCGAUACAGCUGAGGAAGCAGCAAGGGCAUAUGAUCGCGCUGCAUUUAACCUAAGGGGUCACCUUGCAAUUCUUAACUUCCCUAAUGAGUAUUAUCCACAAGUCAUGGGAUCUCCUCCUCAUCCUCCUCAAUUUUCAUCAUUUUCACGGCCUACUACUUCUUCUUCCUCUCCCGGUGGAAGUUCGGAAAGGGGAAGUUCAUCUUCUGGACAACAAAGGCAAGUUUUUGAGUUCGAGUACUUGGAUGACAAGGUGUUGGAGGACCUUCUUGAAUCAGAAGAGGAGAAGAGGAAGCGAACGCAAGGUUGAGGAGAAGAAAAAUAAUGAAUCGAGGUUCAAUUUGAGUCCUUUCUCUAUUGCUUUGUUUCUUGAGAAAUGCUACUUAACAGACUAUUAAACGACUGCUAUACAAUUGAAAUAACGUGACAGUAAAAAUCAGUUUUUGAUUUUUCUUCUUUGCAAUUCCUUGUUGAU